ACCAGAGAGAGCACAUCCACGCAUUUGGUACUUUGAGAUGGCCAUUCAUAGGCACUUGGCUUUGCAAUCAUGGCACCCGACUACUGGAAGAAAGAAGCUGCUCCUGGAUAGAGCUACUCUGAGCGGCAAGAUUUAUAUUGGAUACAAGUCGCCAAUACCAAGGGCCCAUAUACUCGGAUUUCACAGACAUUCGGUUGCACUGUUGGGCGAUGACUACGACAAUGGAAAUUUGAGAUUAUCGAGACAACCAAGCAUUGUUGAGGCUCACGAUUGUCUCCGCGGAUUUGUAUUAUUGGUUCUUGUACCGGACUACGCUUGUGUUUCGACAGUAUCAACAGUAUUUGCUUGGGAGUUUCACAACAUCUGCAGCACUUUAAAGUCGCUUACAUCGAGAUAGGGGCGUCGAUUACAGUCUAUAAGGCCAGUUAAAACCAAGGCGAAUGGCGCAGGACAGAAUGAGAUUUACAGGAUAAUCGUUAUAUGAUUUUGCAUGGGAAAAUUCAGAAACCGCGAUAUACCCGGUUCCUUAAGCAGGCGAGUCUGUGAUUUACGUUCGGACCGAAGCCAGACAAGAAGCACGGGCCCUCUCCCGUUUUACUUGGGAGGGUGAUGGAUGAUGUCUACUUCGAUUAAUAUCUAUGCAUUCUGUGCUUC